GUGUGCAUCCUGACGCGCGCGCGCGCCCUGGAGAGACUUUUUCCCCUCCCGUGUGAAAAUGUCCGGUUGGAGCAUGGUCCACGUCGCACCCGCCGGAGCUUAUGGAAUAUAGCCUGCUUCGCGCACAUCAUCCGUAUGCUCUGUCAGCGAGUCCUGUGAGGCGGAAGCUCGCGCUAUUCGGCAUCAUGCUCGUGCUGUGGCUCUACGUGCUGUACUCGUGCGUGGGCUCGUGCGCCACCGUGCCGAGUUUACGCGCGGACCGGCGCCGGCCCGAGGACGCGGGCUUAAGGUCGGGAAUCGGGUCCCGGUUAGUUCCACAAGCGCGCGCCUGGGAGGACUACGACCAAACGGGCGUCGGGGUGUUUUCUAGAGACUUGAACAACGUCAAAAGCGACGACGUGACGGAUGUCAGGACGUUUCCUCGAAAUGUCUUGAAAGGCAACGAGGCCGAGACGGAGACCGAGCGGCGGGGAGGAGACGCGGCAGGAGAGCGGAGGUCCCCGGUACACAGCGGCGGCUUGUCCACUUUCUCCAACGGCUCCGGGACCAAGCGGCUGCCGCAGGCCAUUAUCGUAGGGGUGAAGAAAGGCGGCACGCGCGCGCUGCUCGAGUUUCUCCGCGUGCACCCGGACGUGAGAGCGGCGGGAGCCGAACCGCACUUUUUCGACCGUUUCUAUGACAACGGAUUGGAGUGGUACAGAGACCUGAUGCCCAAGACCCUGGAUGGUCAGAUCACCAUGGAGAAGACGCCCAGCUACUUUGUGACCCGUGAAGCUCCAGCUCGGAUCUACUCCAUGUCACGGUCCACCAAGCUCAUAGUGGUGGUGAGGGAUCCGGUCACCAGGGCCAUCUCAGACUACACACAGACACUGUCCAAAAAGCCAGACAUUCCCUCCUUUGAGAGCCUGACGUUCAAAAACAGGACUACAGGCCUUAUCGACACCUCAUGGAGCGCCAUCCAGAUCGGCAUCUACGCCAAGCACCUAGACAACUGGCUCCAGUUCUUCCCCAUGCGUCAGAUCCUGUUUGUGAGCGGCGAACGGCUGAUCAGUGACCCAGCUGGAGAGCUCGGCCGUGUGCAGGACUUCCUGGGCCUCAAGCGGAUCAUCACCGACAAACACUUCUAUUUCAAUCAGACCAAGGGCUUUCCAUGCCUGAAGAAGGCUGAAGGAAGCAGCAAGCCUCACUGUCUGGGCAAAACCAAAGGCCGAACACACCCCAACAUCAACCCCGCGGUGGUGCAGAGGUUACGAGACUUCUAUCGGCCCUUUAAUAUGAAGUUCUACCAGAUGACUGGACACAACUUUGGUUGGGAUUGAAAGUGAACUACAAAAACUGAAAACUAUCUGUGUUAGUAAUGGCAAAAGAUGUGACAAUUGCUAUCUAUCUAUCUAUAUAUAUAUGUAAAUGUACAGAAAUCUAUUUUAUAAUAAUUUAUUUUUUAAUUUUUAAGCAAUUAAUUCACUAAGCUGCCUAACCAUAUUUGUACAGUGCAUCUGGCUCACAUUUACACCCCUGCCCCACAACAUUCCUACUUUUUUUUUCCUUCCCCCCUGCCCUCCCCCACCAUAUAACAAUGGUUGGUUCAAUAGACGUAAUUGCUACUCACAGUGUCCUUGAUUAAUGCAUAGAGUAUUUCUCUUUUCAGUCUUUUUAUUUUCUUCUAGCAUCAUGCAAUAUGAAUGGGCAUUUUAUCAGUGGAGCAAUUGUGUGGUGGGAUACACUGAGGCUACAUGUCAUUAUGCUAAUUAUAUAACAUAUGUACCUGAUUAGAUCUCUCAGAUCUCGUUGCAUCUCGGGAUAAUGAGGAGAAUCAGAUUGGGUCUGUGCCAGAGAUGCUAUCAUGCAGAUGGUGUGAUAUGAUGUAAAGUGUAGUCAGAAGACGUUAUGAUUCCUCUAUCAUAUGAUCUGAAAGUGGACCAGACCAAUCAGCAUUUAAAUCUCAGUAAUGAGCAUACCACAUAUUCUGAUUCAUCCUUUUCAGGGUCGAUCUCAAUCAAUUUCUUGUUGCCAAAUUAUCUCGCAAGUUUGAAACUUCAUUAUAAAGCCUCAAAUCCUUUUUUUUUUUUUUUUGUCUCUGUUUGUUUUGCAAAUUUUAGACCUCGUUUUCUCUUUCUACUUGAAUUCUUUUUAUGCAAGAGGGAGAAACUGUCUCGCUAGCCAUCUGUUAUAUAUCAUAUAGCCUCCAAGAUGAGAGAAAGAUCUCAGCAUAGCCCUGCUCUCCUUAGUCUCCUUAAUCUGCUACUCCUUAGUCUAAUGGAAACAGUGAUUCGGGAUAAACUCCUAACUUGUCCACGUUGUGUCUAAUUCUUUAAUGCAAAACAUUAUGCAAAAGGCAUGAGCAGAUAUACUAGUAGUAGUGCGGUAGUGUGGAGGGAUUGGGUUGAGUUUGAAGAUUAUAACUUAGGAAGAUUUUGAAAUAAUAUCGAGCAAAAGAGUCGUUCUCUAGAUCAGCAGAGGAAAUUUAGUUUUGAAGCCUUGAAUCACUUAAACAUUGUGAAAGUCCUGUACUGAGGAAAGCGCUAUAU